AACCUCUCCCCUCAUAUGGAGGACGGCAUCGCUCGGGAGCCGGAAGUACUUCUGCGGGCCUCUUGGACUGAAACCCCGCGUCCUUUUGCUCUCGCCAGCAUGGCCACCGCGCUGCUCCGCCGCUGCCUGUCUUUGGCCGCGGCCACUGUGGCUGCUCGGCCGUCCCGUCGCUUUCUGGGCGCGUCGGCAGCAGCGCACUUCCAGCACCUGCUGGUGGAGAAGAAGGGAGCCGGGCAGAGGGUGGCGGUGAUCCAGCUGAACCGCCCGAAGGCCCUGAACGCGCUUUGCGAUGAGCUGAUGCUGGAGCUGAGUCAGGCGCUGGACGCGCUGGAGCAGGACCCGACCGUGCGCGCCAUCGUGCUGACGGGCAACGAGAAAGCCUUCGCCGCUGGCGCGGACAUCAAGGAAAUGCAGCACCGGACUUUCCAGGAGUGCUACGGCUCCAACUUCCUCGCCCACUGGAACCGCCUGGCCAGCAUCCGAAAGCCGGUCAUCGCCGCCGUCAACGGCUACGCGCUGGGCGGCGGCUGCGAGCUGGCCAUGAUGUGCGACAUCAUCUACGCGGGCGAGAAGGCGCAGUUCGGGCAGCCGGAGAUCCUGCUGGGCACCAUCCCCGGCGCCGGCGGGACGCAGCGGCUGACCCGGGCGGUGGGCAAGUCGCUGGCCAUGGAGAUGAUCCUGACCGGGGAGCGGAUCUCGGCCCACGAAGCCAAGCUGGCCGGCCUAGUCAGUAAAGUCUGCCCAGUGGAAAAGUUGCUGGACGAAGCCAUCAGCUGCGGGGAGAAGAUCGCCCGCCACUCCAAGCUGGUGGUCGCGAUGGCUAAGGAAGCGGUCGACGCCGCCUUCGAGCUCAGCUUAGCCGAGGGCAACCGGCUGGAAAAGAGGCUGUUCCACUCCACUUUUGCCACGGAGGAUCGGAAAGAAGGGAUGGAUGCCUUUGUGGAGAAGAGAGAAGCCAAGUUUAAAGACCAUUAAUUCCUCCUUUGGGGAGGGGGGCAUAAUGACGGUGGUGGGCUAGGAAUGCAGUUACAUUUGUAGAAGACAAUAUACAGGUGCAAUUUGCCAAAAGAGGCCUUGAUUUGGAAUCCCUGGACCCUAAAAUGACAGCUAUCCCCUUUCAAGAAAGUGGUCACAGCUCUAAUUAUUGGCACCAUGGUGUGCAAAAAUCAAUUUCUUUGGGAAGGCAGUGAUUGAAAAUAAAAUUUAUCCCAAUCUCCCUUAAAAAAGUGGUCUUUGUAGAAUGCCUUGGAUUGCAUAAAAAUGGAAGCUUUUGUGUCCACAGUAAAUGGGCAAAAAUACAAAGUGAAUGGAAUAGUCGUUGAGGCACUAGAAAAUGGAUUGAUCUAUCCAGAAUCAUACUGGUGUGCCUGCUGAAUUCUGUUAUCUUGGUGAUAAAUCUGAGCUUUUAGCUACUAAUGUCCUCUAUAAGCUAUAGAGUAAGGUACAUCUGGUGUGAUUACAUGUGGUUAAAAAGUCUAUAAGCUCAGUUCUAAUCAAGAAUAUGCUGGUGCAACAAACAGGUCAAUGGAAGCACUUCAUAAGUUUCAUAAGCUAGAGUUAAUAACAAACCAGCAAGUAAGAAACUGCUGUGUCAUUGUUGCAGCAGAAAGUUGGUUAAAGCAUUCUGUCCUGGAUAGUACUGUCAGUUUGAGUGGAUUUUCAACAUUUUGAGAGUGGGCAUCAGAAUUUCAUUUUUAAUGUGUGCCAGUGUGUUCACAGAAAACAAUGACAGUAAAGGUUAUCUUAUAAGCUAAUGAAAAAUGCAAAAAAGUAUUCUCAUGUAUUCCAUUGAUUUCUUAAUUGCAAUAAACACUUAAUAAAAUGACAUUAUUUAAAAAUA